CGCAGAAUUCUUUAAUAAUAAUUUAAAUCAGCUCCAUCUAGUGGCAAAAUAAUGGAAUUAAAGUGAUAAUUAUUAUUUGCAAAUUUAAGUAUUUUUAUCGGUAACUUUGCUAUUAGUUUCAUUUAUCUACCACCAGGUGAUAUCGAAAAAAUAUUCGUAUUCCAUCUACUUUCAACAUCGAAUGAAUUAAAAUGUUUUUAAUUACAUAAAGAAUAUUAAUUAUAAAUUAUUUUAUGCUAAAUAUAAUAUAGAAUUUAAUGAAAAAAAGUUAUACAAUGGGAAAAACCGAAAUUAAUGACGAGAUAGUUCGAAUGAGGAAAUUGGUACGACAGGCCAAAGUAUGUGUAAUACAUAAAUUAAUUAGAGAAGCCAAAACAUUGCGUACAAAAAAUGGAACUGAGAAGCAACAAGAAAAGAACAAGAAGAAAGCUGAUAAAUUGAUCAACGAGAUAUAUUUCUUGAAAAAGAUCAAAGAUGAUCGUAUUACCAAAUUUGGUAUUACUAAUACAAAAAGUUUGCAAGAAAUUUUACAAAAUAAAAAAUCUAAAGCAACUACUCGUAUUAUGGCCAAAGUAGUAGAUUAUAAGUCGUUAAAAAAUGCUAUAAUUCAAUUUCGCAACACAUACUCUGAUUAUGAGCAUUUACAUCCUGGACAAAGUAAAUCUACAAAGCAAAAUAAGAAGCCUGAACAGGAAAAAGAGAGCAAGACAAUAACGAAGAGAGAAACACGUGCAAGUACUAGAAUUACUGAAAGUUCUUUAGCUAAUGAAUCGAAUUCUGAUGAUGAAGAUAAUAAUAAUAUAGGGAUAGAAACAGAAGAUAACAAUCAUUCAAAGGAAGAACAAAAUUCAGAACAAAAUGAUUCAGAAACAGAGAAUAUUCUCAGAAUAAAACCUAUGAUUUGCAAACAGACCAAAUCCAAAGAAAAUAAACGUUUAAAAAGAAAUAGAAAAGAAAGUACAGAAUUUACAGAAGAGUGCAAUGAUAAAUAUGAUAACGAAGAUGUUAAGAAGAUCAAGAAAGCAGAGAUAAAGGAAAUAUCUCACAAUGAUAAAGAACAGGAUACAGUAAAGGUUAUUAGUAAACAAGCAACAGUAAAAAGAUUUACAGAAAUUUUACAGGAACAAAGUUCAGAGGAAAAUGGUUCUUCGAAUAUAAAUAAUGAGAAAGUUCCUAUUGAGAAUAAGUCAGAAUCUGAAAAAAAAAUUGAUUCAUUUUUCGUAAGUGGUGAUGGUGAUGCGUAUCUUAGCUUAGCAUCCUCAACAACUAAAGAAAAUAAUUAUCUAUCCGAGGAUGAAGAUAACUAUUACAAUAACAAAUCCAAAGAGUACAUUGAUAAAAGGACAUUCUCAAACGAUAGGUUCUUCAGUAAUGUAAAAUCCUCUGAAGCAAUAAAAGGAAGGGGAAGACAAAAAGAAAGUAAACACAAUUUUAAUAGAGAUAAAAAUUUAUUUAAAAAGCAGAAGAACAGCAAUGAAUCGUCCUUCAAAGAUACAAAGAAACGUAACAAUGUCAUGAAUGAGAAUUCUAACGAAAAUGAAAAUUUACAUCCGUCUUGGGCAGCGAAGAAGAAACAACAAGAAAUUAUAAAACAAGGUUUUCAAGGAAAGAAAAUCAUUUUCGAUAAUGAAUAAAUUAUAACUUAUCGAUGUUUAUACAGGCUUUAUAAAUAAAUUAUUCUUAUCUUUA